UGUAUUGCUGUCAUAUAUCACACUACCUCGUAAAAACGACACUGAGGAUUCUGGGCCAACAAAUCAGAGAGGAAAAAUAUGAGUUCUUAUUAUGUGGACGGUCUUCUUAGCACAUAUACGGCGGGUAGUUCUCUGUUCCCAAACGCAGACCGGGCUUCUUGCGGUAUUGGACCUAGUGGAGAGGACUAUGGCUCGGCUCGGGCUGCAGCGGCCAUCGCGUUUUCACCGUCCCUGUCUGCAGUUUACAGCGUCAAUAAUGCAGUAUUCCAGAGCCGCCCCGUGUUUACCUCGGGCUAUAGCCAGGUGCAGGACGCACACACACUGCAUUGCAACCCGUUUGACCAGAGCCGCCUGUUCACCGACAGCUGCUGCCAUCCGGGGCCGGGGCCCCUCACCUCGCCGCCGGACAAACAACACCGGAUGUACCCGUGGAUGAGAGCAUCAGAUCCAACUCGAAAGCGUGGUCGGCAGACCUACUCCCGGUACCAGACCCUUGAGCUGGAGAAGGAGUUCCAUUUCAACCGGUACCUGACCCGCAGGAGGAGGGUCGAGAUAGCCCAUGCCCUCUGCUUGUCAGAGAGACAGAUCAAAAUCUGGUUUCAGAACCGCAGGAUGAAGUGGAAGAAAGACCACAAGGACGAACCGGUGUCAAACCCUGGGGAAAAUGACGGUGACAUCCAGGCGGUGUCUGAGGCCAGAGUGGGGGAAGCUGGAAGCACCGGCAGCUCCGGUUUGGAGUCAGAACCCGCUGCAAAGUAAAGCAAGGGAAUUAAAACACUUAAUUGUGGGUUUAUUAUGAUAAGUAUGGGUUGGAAUAUAACUGACAUACCAUUCAUGCACUACAGUUUGAAUGACAGCUGAAGGCAGUUAUAAACUAAGCAUUUAUCAGUAUAGACUGUGAGAUCUGCAUUUCAAAAUUAAAAACCCGAAAUGCAUUAAAAGAAAAAGCUCUGCAUGAAAGAGCGAUAUUAACCCACCUAUCCAAACUCUAUUUUUAUAUACAACCACAGUAUGUAAUUUCACCUAAUUAUACUACUGAGCCAACAUUCCUUUAACGAAAAGCUACCUAACUUUUUACCUGCUAACAUCAAAAACACUGACGCAGCGAAUUCAACAUAUGUUGAAAUUGAUUGUAAAUUAAUCUGCUCUACCUAGUUUUCUUUCUUUUCCUUUUUUUUUGUAGCCUUUUUCCAAAGGGAACAAACACCACAUUCGUCGUAAAUGUGCCUUAUUUUGAAAAUAGACUAAAUAAAAGGGAAUGUUUUGUUAGUUAAAUGCCUCCAACUGUGUUUUAGGUGCUUAUUUAGUUUUAAUAGGCCUAAGUUUAUCGUUAUAUUGUUGCUUUAUAACCACUUUAUUCAUUAGAAUAGCAAUAUCCCUGUUUUUAUCUUAUUGUUGGAAACCAGAGUGAACAGAAUUAUGUUUAAUUUCGGAUUGAAUUUAUGCAAUCUACCUCAGACUCCCAGAUGCUUCCACGUGCUUAUUAUACUGUAAACAGGAAUACCCUAAUGUAAAUGUUAUGAAGUCUUAGCUAUAUACUGUUAUUGCAUAUUACAUGUUUCAAGAACUGCAGGCUCAGAAUUUCCUGCGUGAACACCAAUAGGCUAAUAAAUUAAAUUUUAUUUAGGCAGCAUUACCUUUCAGUAUCAGGUUCUUUCUUUUGACGGUGUAAAAUGAGUAGGCUACUCCAAUCCACAAUGUGCAAAUACUGUGAUAUAUUUAGGCUCAGUGCCCACGUUUUCAAUGUGAAGUAAA